UUAGAAAGCAGCAGCUCUGCUCGUUUUUGGGGAUUUUUGGGACAUUAAACAUCGCGUGUAAUGUGAGGCCGCUGACCCGCCGCUGAGGAAGGAUAUGCCUUAAUGUAUUUCAUACCUGAGGCCAGCAUUAGGGAGACGACUUCUCGUCCGUACGUCAUCCAGAUGAGGCAUGCAGGAAGUAUGCAGCCCGUGUUCAGACGAGACGCCGGAGUCUGGCACCAAACCAGAAGUCUUCUCUACAAGAACCUGCUGAUCAAAUGGAGGACCAAGCAGCAGAGUCUCCAGGAACUGAUCCUCCCUCUGCUCCUGCUGGGCCUCCUCAUCCUCAUCAGCAUCCUCAACCCUCACGUUUACUACGGAGGCAUCAGCACCAUGGAGCUGGAGCGCAACGACCUCUUCUUCAAGGGCCUGGGCUACACGCCCAUCACCAACAUCACCAACCACAUCAUGGAGGAGGUGGCCCAGGAGAUGCACCUGCAGGACAGUCUGGAGAUGUUUGCCAGCGAGGAGGACCUGGAGAACGCCAGCCUGUACGAGCCGUCCAGCUACGUCGGCGUCGUCUUCAUGGACAGCUCGGCCACGUCCUACCGGCUGCGCUUCCCGUACAACCAGCUGCCCCUCCCCAGCGACUACACUGAGUCUAUCG